AUGUCGUCAAUGUUGGCCUUCCUCCUGCUUCCCACAGCCAUGGCUGCGGGUGCCGGUGACUACGGAAACUACAUCGCGAAGUACGGAGACUUCCACAAGUACAUCAACGAGUAUGCGGGCAAUUAUGCCGGCAGCUAUGCAGGCAACUAUGCCAGCGACUAUGUGCCUUCUCAGGGCCAGGCUUCCCAGAAAGCCUCUGCGGUGAGCCUUGCCGCCUCCCCGAGUGGGGGUUACCAGGACUCCCACGCCGCUGCCCCAGCACCGGCUCCCGAAGCUGCCAGUAGCCAAGGCCAGGGCUCCAGUCAGGGUGGCAUGGGAGACUACCAGAAGUACAUGCAUGAUUACCAGAAGUACAUGCAGGGUCAGGGAGGUGACUACCAGAAGUACAUGUCCGGCUUCCAGCAGUACAUGCAGGGACAGGGCAACGGCGACUACAACAAGUUCAUGUCUCAGUAUGCCUCAGACUUCCAGAAGUACAUGCAAG